UGUCAGUCAGUCGGACGUGUGAUGUAGGGGGAGGUUGUGUGUUUUACUAUUUUCGUUCAUUUCGAUUUAUUUCCAUAUUCCUACAUUUACAUCAAUUACUUAUGAAAGCAGAAUCACUCGUUUAGGGUUUGGUUAAUAUUUGUAAAUUAUUGUUUUCUAGUUAGGCAGUUUUAGCUCAAUUUAUGACAACAAUGACAGAGACCGUUACAAAUACAAACGAGAGGAAGUCUCUUUUUUCUUCUUUCCUAGAAGUUUUGGAGGCAAAAGAUACUCAAAUACAGUUAGAAAGACAGCUAGAGGAGGAAAAAUAUCAGAGACGAACUCAGAGAAUAUAUGAUUUUCAUGAGCGGCAGCGGCGCGAGGCGGUGGAGCUGCAGCGCUGCCUGCAGUACGUUUCGCAGCACGCGCACGUGCUGGAGUCCGUACUGCGGGGCGCGGGCGCGGGCGAGGGCGUGCCGCUGGCCGCCGCGUUGCUGCGUCAGGCGGCCGCGCUGCAGCGCAGCAUGGCGCAGUGCGUCGCCAACGCGGCGCGCAUCCGCCAGCUCCUCACUGCCGCACACCGCCCCCAGAUGGACACCAUGCUCGCCAAAAUGGAGGCGGAGCUGAGCGCUUGGACGGCGUUCCUGCAGCGCGCCAUGGACGCCGCCUACAACUCCGAGGUGGUCGUCGACAAUCUGCACAACCUGAUCGCGGAGCAGCGGCGCUGCGUGCGCGAGGUGGCUGCCAGCCACGUGUUGGCGGCGCUGUGCGAGCAGCCCGCCGCGCCCUCGCCCGCGCCCGCGCCCGCGCCCGCCGACGACUCGAGCACUUCGCACGCGGCGCGCACCCCGCGCACCCCGCGCACCCCGCGCACCCCGCGCACUCCGCGCACGCCCACCUCGCUGGAGCGGCGCGCGCCCUCCGCCGUCAGCACGCCCAUCCAGCGCGACUAG